GGUUGGUUGUGUCCCACAGAGGAAAAACCGUUACUCGACCGAGGAAACCGUCUGUUUUAAUCACCUGCGUUUCCUCGCUCGCUCUUCUUUUUUUGCAGCACUCGCUCCAUCCGGACAGUUCUGUCGACGGGAUUGACAUGUUACACCUUCGGUCCACGGUGGCGCUCAAUGAGUUGUUGCAAACCCAGCUGAAGCGUCCGUUCGCACGCAGAGCGGCACCUGCAGCAGCCGCCGCCGCCGCCUGCUUCGGCACCGUCGCUCCGGACGGGAGGUCGCCGGGCAGAUGGCGCUCGUUUGCCGCGUGGAGAGCGCCGCAGCAAGUCGUCGGGAAGCAGGGUGCGAGGGGCUUCUGCUCCAAGGGUGACGGUCCGAAUGACGCCGCCAAAGACUCUGCAGCGGAGAAGAGAAGGAAAGCAGGCAUCCUGCCCAGUCUGGAGGACCUGCUGUUCUACACCAUCGCAGAGGGCCAAGAGAAAAUCCCUGCGCACAAAUUCACCACAGCUCUCAAAGCCACGGGGCUUCGCACAGGAGACCCCAGGCUGAAAGAAUGUAUGGAGAUGCUGAAGGUGACCUUGAAGACAACCUCUGAUGGAGCACUGGACAGACACCUCUUCAAAAAAUGUGUCCAGAGCAACAUCGUGCUGCUCACCCAGGCCUUCAGGAAGAAGUUUGUGAUCCCGGACUUCCAGCCCUUCUGCGCCCACAUCGACGAGCUCUACGAAAACGCCAAGAACAUGUCCGGAGGGCAGGUGGCAGACUACAUCCCCCAGCUGGCCCGCUUCAGUCCGGACCUGUGGGCCGUCGCCCUGUGCACCGUCGAUGGACAGAGGCACACUGUCGGCGACACCAAGGUUCCUUUCUGUCUGCAGUCCUGCGUCAAGCCACUGAAAUACGCCAUCGCUGUCCACGACCACGGCACCGAGUACGUCCACCGCUUCAUCGGUAAAGAGCCCAGCGGCCUGCGAUUCAACAAGCUCUUCCUGAAUGAGGACGAUAAACCACACAACCCCAUGGUUAACGCUGGUGCUAUCGUCUGCACCUCCCUCAUUAAGCAAGGGGCAAGCAACGCCGAAAAGUUUGAUUAUGUCAUGAACUUCAUGAACAAACUGGCGGGAAACGAGUACGUGGGCUUCAGCAACGCCACGUUCCAGUCGGAGCGCGAGUCUGGAGACAGGAACUUCGCCAUCGGCUACUACCUGAAGGAGAAGAAGUGUUUUCCAGAGGGCACGGACAUGACGUCCAUCCUGGACUUCUACUUCCAGCUGUGCUCCAUCGAGGUGACCUGUGAGAGCGCCAGCGUCAUGGCGGCGACUCUGGCCAACGGCGGCUUCUGUCCCAUCACGGGCGAGCGCGUGCUGAGCCCUGAGUCGGUGCGGGACACCCUGAGUCUGAUGCAUUCCUGCGGCAUGUACGACUUCUCCGGCCAGUUCGCUUUCCAUGUCGGGCUGCCGGCUAAGUCUGGCGUUGCCGGCGGUAUCCUGCUGGUCGUACCGAACGUGAUGGGCAUCAUGUGUUGGUCUCCUCCUCUGGACAAGCUGGGCAACAGUGUCAGAGGCAUCCAGUUCUGCACAGACCUGGUUUCUCUCUGCAACUUCCACAACUACGACAAUCUGAGGCACUUUGCCAAGAAGCUCGAUCCUCGCAGGGAAGGAGGAGACCAGAGGGUGAAGUCGGUGAUCAAUCUGCUGUUUGCUGCUUACACCGGAGACGUCUCGGCCCUGAGGAGGUUCGCUUUGUCCUCCAUGGACAUGGAGCAGAGGGACUACGACUCCAGGACGGCGUUGCACGUGGCGGCCGCUGAAGGACACACUGAGGUGGUUCGCUUCCUGCUGGAGGCCUGUAAAGUCAACCCGGUGCCCAAAGACAGGUGGGGGAACACGCCGAUGGACGAGGCGGUCCACUUCGGCCACCACGACGUGGUGAUGAUCCUGCGCGAUUACCACAACCAGUACAGCCCUCAGGAAAGCCCUGCCGACAAGCAGAACGCAGAGAACAACCUGGACGGGAUGCUCUGAUGAGGAGACGCAGCAAAAGACGGGACGCUGGACGGUCGUGCGUGAGAACUCUGAAAGAAAAAACCCCGCAAGGUUUGAUCCGAGGGGGGGAAAAGAAAUCACUCUGCACUCGAAAGAGGAACGUCUCGAUCUAGAUCCGCGAUAAAACCGCCGCAAUAGAAACAGUUAAGAUCAUAAUAACAACCUAGAUAAUAAAUCGUACAGUGAAAAGCGACUUAGAUGAGAAGGAAUCUCUUCGAAGGCCCCCGAACAACAGCUCCUCAUCAUGUUCUUAGUAGAUGUCGUCAGGUUUUUUUUUUGUAUUAUAUCCGUGUAUGUACCACGAGCGGGGGAAAAUAUUUUUAUGGUCAACUCCUCCCUCUGUAUUUUGUCGUCAGCUUCGUAGCUUCGUUAGGAAACUGCCGGCCGCCAGUUGAAUGCUGGGUAAAUUCGCUGAUGGCCGUCUCGUUGGAUGGACUCAGGUGUCACAGACGGUGUCGUGGCCCCGGUCACUUCAUCAUCGCAAACGUGGUGGAAUGUAUCUUCCCCCCGCCUAAACACUUUACUGUGUUUGUUAUAUAUGUGUGUGUGAUAUUUAUUUAUCUAUUUAAGAUAAAACUGUACACUCAUGUAGUGUUUGUGUGUGUGUGUUCCUGAGGUGGACUUUAAGUGGUGUAAAUACGUACAGGUGACUAACUGUAGCUGUGUCUCACUGAAAUGAACCAAAUUUGUGUCUGGUGGAUUCAGCUGUGAAGGUGUGAGGUGUGUGACAAAAAAAAUUGACAUUUAGAUGAAUACUUUAUUUGUUUUUGAAUGUUGAACCAAAUAUUCAGCCGUUAAAAGCUUUAUAUAUAAAUUUUGCUUUUGUCAGCCAAAGUUUCUACAUAUCCACCACGAUACUGCCGGCACUGGAUUACAGUACUGUAACAUUGCACAAGGAUUGGUCAAACGCUUGUUUGUAGAUUUGUAGAAGCUCGGUGUUCAGAUAUGUUGAUUAAAUCUGAGGAAUCUGUUCAAAUAUGUGGAA